AUGAAGUUCACCAAUUUGGUGUUGUUGUCCUUCUUGCGCAUCACCGCGGGCCAACUCAUCGGACCCGUUGGUCCAACAACCGACCUGAAACAGAAAUCGAUCGAAUGCAACAUUCUGGACUAUGGAGCGGUGGCAGACAAUAAAACCGAUAUAUCCACUGCCCUCGAAACCGUUUUCUCUGAAUGUGUUCGCAAGCAACCAGGAAGCAGACUGGUUGUUCCCGAGGGAGAGUACCUGAUUGAGAGAGGCGUGACUCUAAUCAAUGGCACAAAUUGGGCAUUCCAGUUGGAUGGUCUGAUUACCGCUGCAUAUGGUGGCGAUUGGAAUAUUGAGCGUGAGUUGCUACUCCAGGGAUUCGCGGGCACAGAAAUCAUCAACGCAACCAUCAAUGGGGAAGGUGAUUCUAAAUUCCUUUUAGAUGUUCUUGUCAUUGUUAACGCUGUGGAUUUCGAGUUCUAUUCUUCCAAUGGAAAAGGCGCAUUCCAGGGACAAGGUUAUCUCUAUCGAAAUCUUGGAAACACCGAUCGUCCACGCUUGGUGCGCUUAAUCUCUCCGACCAAUGCCUCGGUCCAUGACUUGAUUCUAGUGGAUAGUCCAAAAUUCCACAUCAUUCUGGAUUUUGCGGUCAAUGUUGAGGCAUACCAUCUGACUAUCCGCGGCGCCAAUCUGGGCAGUUAUGAUGGUAUUGAUGCCAUCGGAACGAACUAUUGGAUCCACGACAAUGAAGUUACCAAUCGUGAUGAAUGCGUUUCCGUGAAGAGUCCCUCCCACCAUGCCUUGGUUGAGAAUCUGGUCUGCAACCAAGCAGGCUCAGGUAUAUCGAUUGGGAGUCUGAAUGUAUCUGCUGAGAUAUCAAACAUCGAAGCACGGAACAUCAGUAUCAUCCAAGGUAACAACAUUGCCUUUAUCAAAACAUAUCCCGGUGGAUCCGGCUAUGUCACAAACAUCACCUUUUCGAAUUUCCGCUCCUUGGCAAGCCUUUACGGCUUAAGCUCCGUGGCUGAAGGAACGAAGCGUCCUCCGCUUUAUCUGAUUGCGAAUGAUCUCACAUUUGCUACUAAUGUCACGGUUGAAGACUUUACAGUGUGGACAGAAUCGGGUACGACAGUGCUGAACAAGAUCAGCAACAUAUUCGGGACCGGCGAUGAUAGUUACGGAUCUAACGAUGGCAUCAAAUCUCUUGGCGAAGGUGAAUCCCCUUCGCCUUACACAAGCACCUAUACUAUCACAGCCUCUCCGACCAAUUGGCAAGCUCCGACCACCCCUACCUGGGCUGUUACUAGCACAGGCUAUGGCACGGCAUCUCCUAUUCCAGUUUAUAGUCCGGCUCCUUUGUGGCGCCCGGGUGGUGUGGAUUAUGACUUGCAUUACUGGGGGAGUUUCUGA